AUGGGAAUCAGUGUCCCUUCAUCUUUGAAGCCAGUACUGGUAGCAUUCAUCACUGCAAGUGCCAUGGUUUGGGGCCUCUUCUACAAUAGCUCCUCAGGAAACUCAACUGCCCUGACUACAGGCCCAACCCAGGCCCUGGCCCCUGGCCUGGGGUUGCCUGGGGCUCUGCCUGCCCUGCAUUUGCUCCACACACGCUUUGGCUGCCUGCCUUGGUCCCGCCUGCUGGUGGGCCCUACCAUGCUAGCUCAAGAGGGCUUUGUGGUGGAUGCGCCCCUCGCCAGUGCUCUGGCAGCCCAGGGCACAAGGGGUCUCUGCCCACUGCUUUGCCAUGCUGAUGGGACUCCCCUGGGCCUUGGCAUGCGAGCCACCAACCCCAAACUGGCCACUGUGCUACGCAGGGCAGCACUUGCCCCCACCCCAGACCUCACUGGCAAAGUCCUACUGAGUCUGCUGGCUAAAGAUCUAGGACUGGAGGAACCCUUAGCUUGGCCCAGGCCCAGCUUGGAGCCAGCGCUACAGCUUUCUGUGCCCCAGGGCAUCCUCUUCACAACCCCCAGCCCUUCUGCUGGCCCAGAACUGCUGGCACAGCUGGAGGCUGCCCUGCGUACCCCAACACCCAGCCCUGCCCCCUGCCCACAGCACUUGCAAACUGCCCUGAUAAGCAGCAUCUUGGCCACUGUGGACAACAGUGGCUCCACACUCCUGCUCACCUCCUCACUCAACAGUGCCUUUGGUUCUCGAUACUUGUCUCCGAGCACUGGGGUUCUACUCAGGAACCUGACGGCCGAGUCUGCACACAGUGCCUGGGCAUGUCCCCUCAUUCUCCGUGGCAGCCUGGAUGACACAGAGGCUGAUGUGUUGUCACUGGUGGCUUCAGGGACCCCUAACAUGACCACAGUCAUGACUCGUGCCUUGCUCAGCCAUCUUUUGGAGCCCCACACCCAGCACCAACACCAGGUUCAACAAGAACCAACAGAAAACCCCAGCACAUGUGGCAGCGUGACCCUGCUGCAGGCAGCGGCCCACGCGGAGCACGCCCACGUCUCCAGUGUCCCCAGGGGCUGCUGCCCCUUCCAGGGACUCUAGUAGAGAGGCAGAAGGCUGGUAGGAGACAGUAUGAUCUUGAACCUGAGGGCAGUAGCUCUGCAGACUCAACAAUGGAAUGCUUAAAGAUCCUGAGUGCUGGCUGUGGGAUCAGCCCUAACCUGGAUCCUGGUCAAUUCCUGGACUCUAGUUCUAGCAUCCAUGUCUAGCUCAAUUCUGCUUGACAGUACGUGUCCAUCCAAUGGAUGGAAUUUCUGCUUCUUUUAUUAGCUAAGAAACUGGAGGACAGAAAUGAAACCUGGGGCUAGGCUUGAGUUUAGAUCUGCUUCAGGAAGAACUGAAGAAUAUCGAGCCCCAGUCUAGAUUCUGGACUACAAAGAGCAAGGUGGGCAGUGCCUAUGUCCUAUUGGCCAUACUCUCAACAGUUGGAGUGGAGAAAAAAUAAAAACUAAGUCCUCUGAAUGCCAA